AUGGGAACAUAUUGCCUCAAACUGAAAUGGCAUUAUUAUGUGACCUUUCCUUCUUCCUCUCCUUUUUUAUCUCUCUUUCCGUUCUUUUUUGUUAUUUUUCUUUUUCCCCCCAUCUCCUUUUCAAUCUUUAUCUUUCCUUUCUUUUUUUUUAAUUUUUUCCUUUUUCAUCUUAAUCUAUCUUUCCUUUCUUCAUUUUUUUCCUUCCCCUUUUUUUUUUUAUCUUUGUCUGUCUUUCCUUCUUUUAUUUUUCCUUCUCCCUCUUCUUUUCUAUCUUUGUCACUCUUUCCUUUCUUUUUUAUUUCUUCCUUCUUUUCUUAUCUCCCUUUCUUUUAUUUUCAUUUUUCCUUCUCCCUUUCCAUUUAUACCUUUUUUUCUUUUAUCUCUUCCUUCUUUGUUUCCUUUUCUAUCUUUUUCUCUCUUUCCUUUCUUUUUUCCUUCUUUUCUCUUUUCAUUGCACUUUCCUUCAUUCCUUCUUCUAUAUAUUUUCAGCUCCCUUUCAUUUUCUACUUUUAUUUCUUCAUUCUUCAUCUCAUUUUUUUAUCUUCAUCUCUUUCCUUUCUUUAUUCUCUACUUCCCUCUUCCUUUUCCUCUUUAUCUUUGCCUCUUUAA